AUGGACGAAUGGCGAAGCCAAUUUCCAUUGAGGGCCAACGGCUGCCGUCUCGUGAACCAACGCGGCCAGCAUUUCAAGCUGGCGGGUGUCAACUGGUAUGGUGCUUCUGACUCCUACCAUGUGGUGGGUGGUCUCGAUGUGCGUCCGUUAGCCGAGCUGUGUCGGUCCAUCGCGGCAAUGGGCUUUACGGUGGUGCGCUUGCCAUUUUCCAGUGAGAUGCUGCGAAUUGACGGUGUCCCAGAAGGUGCCAUCGAUUAUAACAUCAACAAAGACCUGGAAGGACUUUCGCCCCUGCAAGUCUACGAUCGUGUGAUCGAUGAGUUGGGCGCUGCAGGUGUGACCGUCGUGAUUAACAAUCACACCACGGUGGGUGCUUGGAGUGGCGGCGUCGAGUUGAACGGCAUGUGGUUUCGCAACCAGUGUGAGAUCUACACUGAGCAGUCCUGGAUUGACGAUUGGGUAAUGAUGGCGAAGCGCUACGAGCACCAGCCGCAGGUCAUCGGGUAUGAUAUCCGAAAUGAGGUGCGGCCCACAAGCAUGAUGGGCCCCAGCCCGCGCUGGGGUAAGACGGAUGCCACCUACGACUGGAGCCGCGCAGCUGGUAGCUGUGCCCGCGCGUUGAUGGAUGCAGCAGCGCCGGGCUUGCUGGUCAUCGAGCGGAUCGCAUGGCCUCAGAAUAGCCUGCGAGAGAUGUUGAGUCCAAAACCACCCUGGGAAGCCUGGAAUGUCCCCAGAGAUCGAAUAGUGCUGUCCGUGCACAUGUAUGCCUGGAGUGGUCCUGGCGCUUGGAGCCCCAAGCAUUUCAUGCCAGGCCUCCUCCGGUCCGUCUUCGACGUGGUGGACUAUGUGGGCGCACGAGCGCUCUAUGGAGAGAUGGGUCAGGCAGCUUUGGAAACACAGAUGGACCAAGACUUCGGAUUUUGCAUUGACGAGGACCUUUGCCCUGUGUGGCUGUCCGAACUGGGCUGCUCCCUUGACAGCGAGCUCGAGUGGUUUGGAAAGGUCUGCAAGUAUUUGGAGCGCAAGGACGUGGACUUUGCUUACUGGCCGCUCAAUGUGGGGCCCAAGCCCGGCAGCGGUGCGGACGACGAGGCCUACGGCAUUUUGACCAACGACUGGCAGCCGCGCUGGGCCGACCCCCGCUUGCAGGCCUUGCGACGCUUAUGUCCCGAGCCCUUAAUACCCUCACCGCGGAAAGUGAGGCGUCCUUUGCAGCUUCCUCGAUCACGAGCAGAUUCUGCAGGAACGCCCAGUCCCUUCCAUGUGAUCACGCCCAGUCCCGAUACAGCAGCAGUUGCGACACCCAGCUGCUACGGUCAAGUGGACGAGCCACUUUGGCGAGCGCCAUUCCCUUGGUGCCAGCCCUUGCCAGGCCCCUUAGUGCCCUGGCCCGGGGAGCCGUGGUCCAAGGAGAUGCCAGAAGCGCGAUACAUUUGGGAGGUGCUUGACGGGAUUGAUUCAGAUCCUGGCAAGGAUGCCUUGACGGUUCGAUGUGAUGAUCUCGAAGCGGUCAAGGAGCUGUGUUGCCGUCAGCGGUGUGGUGGCUUUGCGCUGCACAAGGGCAUUGCCUACUUUCGACUGGCCUCUCCUGAGGGCUUGCUGAUGCGACAGCAACCUGGCUUCACAAGCACAACACUCUAUUUGGCCAAGGAGGUCAGGCUUUGUGCCACCUGGCUGGAGCUGGAGGAGGCCGAUGGCAGUCGGUUCGAUAGCUCAAGCAGAACGGUGGGCCCAGGAGAUCUCAUUUCCUUGCCCUUGGAUGAGGAGCCAGAGGCAGCCAUGGAGGCAUGUCAACGUGCAUGCUUGGACGUGGGAAAGGCAGGCUUUGCACUCGACGGUCUUGAUGCGCGGCUCCUUGAGCAUUGGGAGGCAGAGGAGUUGCGCGAGCGCAUGAAGAGGAAGGAGUUGCGGCCCAGGCAGUCUGACUCCUCCAGUCCUUCGAUGGUGCUACUGGAGCCGAAAGCCUUCUUUGUAGGUCUGGAGAUGUUCAACGACAUGGAUGCCUUCGCAGGCAGUGACGCGCGAGUGUUGAAAGGCAGAUUUGGCAUUGCUCAGUGCAGAGAGAUUUGUCUUCAGGAAGGCUUCUGUGGCUUUGCCAUUCAGAAUGGCGUUGCCCGGUUCCGAUCUGCUGCCGCGCCAGUCUUGCGUGAGAGACUGCUUCCUUCGCGUGGAACAGUCUUCUACAUACUCACCACAGAGGAGGCCUACGAGCACUCCUCUGAUGAGAACAUCUCUGGCUUGCGAGCACGGAUUGCGAGUUUGGAGCAGGAGUUGGGAGAUCGCCCCACAUUGAGCGAUGUGAAAGAACCCUUCUGUCAUCCAAGCCUCGAAACUCCGAAGAUUUUGUCCAUCAGGCCGCAGAUGGUGGAGGCCGAGGAGCCACCAGUGAAGGAGGAAGUCUUCGAGGGUCCCGAUGUGGAGUUGACUCUGCCAGACCCGACGCGGUGCUCGGAGCGGUUGCUCGACAGCUAUGGCCCGGUGGAGGAAUCGACCCCCGACCGCAUCCCCCGCAGCGUGAGCAAAAAGAACAAAAGCAGCCUGGCACGUGGCAGCUCUCGCCGGCGUCGAAACUCGAGUAGUCGGAGGAGCAGCGCCCUGAGUGUGACGCCCUUGGCCUCUCAACGCGUUCGCAUGCGCUUGGGCAGCUGUGCCUACACCACCUUGAUUCCAGCACAGAAACUGGCCGAUGCCCUUUUUGACUUGGGGCUUCGUGGCUAUCUCGAGGAAGACAUGGAAGCUCUGAUGAACCAGCUGGCGGACUAUAUCGAUCUCCAGUUCACUCGAGAGAGCAAGACGGAUGAGGUGUCCAAAACCAUUGAGAUCGACUUUGCUCAGGAAGUGGACUUGGACUUUGACGUGCCUUCCUGGCGCUGGCCCGAGGAGUCACAGCAGGUGCGGCGAAGCUGGGCCAUGGAUUUCAAAGCGCAGCGCCAGUGGAAUGUGUGUCCCACCGAUGCCCUGGUGGAUCUGCUCACCGAGCCGGAUCCUCAACUGGCAAAACGGAUCUUUGGCCCCCGGACGCGGAAGCAGUUCGAGACCAUCCGGGAUCUCUUGCAACGAUGGGACCCAAACGACUUGGUGAAAGAGAUCACUCAGGCCAAAGCUGCGAACUUGCCGAAAGACGUGAGCGAAGGAUCUGAGUGGAGUUUCAACUUGCUGAGCUCCACAGAGGCCCAGGCCAUUCGGCAGCGCCUGCGCGUGCGCCUGGGCGCCGCCGUGACGGCGCAGAGGUUGGUCUCUGGACGGAACUUGCACAGCGCCAUGGAAGCCUUGGGACUCACGAGUUACACGGUGGAGAACAUGAAUGACUUGGUGAAUUCCAUCGCGGAUUACAUCGAUCUGCGCUUUGAGGAGUUGAAGACCGAAAACUACAAGCGCAGCAAUUCACCCUUGCAGGGGGUCUUUAAUUUCGACUUCGAAUUUCAAGAGGAUGACACCAACGGGUUUGGGCCGCCCAGUUGGCAGUGGCCGGAACGCUUCGUGAGCGGCUCGGGGAACGUCGCCCAUUUGCACAGCACUUCUGUGGCACCCAGCGCCUUCGAGGGGAACCAAAUCAAGUGCCAAUACAACGUGGUGCCCCUGCAAGCGCUGAUGGAUCUGUUCAUGUUCCCAGACCACGAGACGCACCGCAAGAUGUUCAACACUCGCUUGCUCACGCAAUUUGAGGCGAUGCGGGAGAUUCUCCUCGCGGGCGACACGAAUCGCCUGGUUGCCGAACUGACCUUCGUGCGGAUCAACGACCUGGCGGCGCCACCGGAGCCCAUGGGUGUCUUGCUCUUCAUGGAGCCCUUCGUAGCGCUCUUGAUCAUUGCCAACGGCAUCAUGAUUGGCUUCCAAACUCAUCCCGAUUUUGAAGCUUGGGAAGGAUGGCCUUGGUUAGAACUGACCUUCGUCGUUGCCCUUGUGCUGGAGAACGUGCUGCGCAUCCGCUUGCUGGGCGUGCGACUCUUCUUUUGUGGCAACGACCGGCUCUUCAACUGGUUCGACUUCUUCCUGAGCUUCACCGGGCUGGCGGAUCUUUGCAUCUCCUACUUUGGUGAGGAAUCGGACAUGUUAGGCGUCUCGCUCCUGCGUUUUUGCCGUUUGAUUCGCCUGGUCCGCGUGGUGAAGGUCUUCCGCUUAAGGUGCAUGAAAGAACUACGACUCAUGGUGAAAGGCUUAGUGGCCGGAUUUCGCACCCUUUGCUUGUCCUUUGUCCUUUUGAUCGCUGUGCUCUACGUGAUUUCAGGCUUUGCCACCAUGACGAUCGGAAGCGAUCCACGAACCUCCGAGAUCGGGCUGAUGCCACACUUCAAGACGAUUCCAGAGGCGAUGUUCACGGCCUUUCUGUGCUUCGCGGGCGAGUGCAUCGAUACAGCAGGCCGGCCCAUCCAUACGCUCAUCGCGAAUGAAUUCGGCCUGCCAUUCGUCAUGGGCUAUGUCAUGAGCUACAUGUUGGUCUCUAUGGGUAUCUUCAACGUGAUCCUCGCUGUCUAUGUUGACAUCACCAUGAAAGCAGCAAAGGAGAACGAUGCGAUUCGCCGAGCAGCACGCACGUGA